AUGGUACAGGCAGAAUCAUCGGCUGAUGCUGCUCGCAAUGGCCUCCGGGCUUCUACAGCUGGGGCGCCCCCGGACUAUGAACUGCCCUGGGUUGAAAAAUACCGCCCAGUUUUCUUGAACGAUAUUGUCGGCAACACAGAAACCGUUGAACGUCUAAAAAUUAUUGCUAAGGAUGGGAAUAUGCCGCACAUUAUCAUCUCCGGUAUGCCUGGUAUUGGAAAGACAACAUCCAUUUUAUGUCUUGCAAGACAGCUUCUCGGGCAUGCAUAUAAAGAAGCUGUUUUGGAGCUGAAUGCCAGUGACGAAAGAGGGAUCGAUGUUGUCAGGAAUCGCAUCAAGGGGUUUGCUCAGAAGAAGGUCACGCUCCCACCUGGCCGGCACAAGGUUGUCAUUCUAGACGAAGCGGACAGUAUGACUUCUGGGGCUCAACAAGCCUUACGCCGGACGAUGGAAAUCUACUCUUCCACUACCAGAUUCGCAUUUGCCUGUAACCAGUCGAACAAGAUCAUUGAGCCUCUCCAGUCUCGCUGUGCGAUUCUUCGAUACGCUCGGUUGACCGACGAACAGGUUGUACACCGUAUCACCCAGAUCUGUGAAGCUGAGAAGGUAGAAUACUCAGAGGAUGGGAUUGCCGCUCUAGUCUUCAGUGCCGAAGGAGACAUGCGCCAAGCGAUUAACAAUCUGCAAAGUACCUGGUCCGGUUUUGGGUUUGUGAGCGGAGACAAUGUGUUCCGCGUGGUCGACAGUCCCCAUCCAAUCAAGGUUCAGGCCAUGAUAAAGGCAUGCUGGGAAGGCAAAGUUGACGUUGCUCUGGAAUCUCUGAAUGAGUUAUGGGACCUAGGGUAUUCAUCCCAUGAUAUAAUCAGCACAAUGUUCCGGGUCACCAAGACGAUUCCCACUCUCUCCGAGCACUCAAAGUUGGAGUUUAUUAAAGAAAUCGGCUUCACACACAUGCGAAUUCUCGAUGGCGUGCAGUCCUUGCUCCAGCUGAGCGGAUGCAUUGCAAAGCUUUGCAAAAUCAACAUGAAGCCACAUCUCUUCCAGCAGCCCAAAGCUUGA